AGAGAGAGAGAGAGAGAGGGAGAUAUGUUUGUCUAUGACUUGACAUAUGAUUUGUCUUCAUUUGGGUUGAUUCCAGGACAUCCAACAGGAAAUUGUAGAUCCUCCUUCUGACCUCCCACUUGUGGAAAAUCUUUCUGAUUAGACUCAAGUGGAGAGGGAAAGCCCCAGCAGCAGACAGCUCAAGUUUGGAGUAGAACUCAGUUCAAAUGGUGAAGGUGAUGCUGAUGAGGAUCCAAAUACUAAGGGCUGUGGGAGUAUUCAUCAAGAGAAGUCUAAACUAAUGUUUCAGCCGCUGGUCAACACCAAGGCUUCUCAGGGUCGACUCAAAGUUGCACUCCACAACAAUUGGAGUGCCACACAAAGCCUCACAGAGAUCAAACAACUGGUGGAGCAGAAACGAGUGACGGAAAAAGAGCUGGGAGAGUUAAAGGAUCAUUUGAACAAGAUGGGCUUCUCUUCACUGUCACAGAUCAGGAAAGCGCUGGUGACCCUUUAUGUUGAAAACAAAGAUUUAAAGAAACCACAAAAUGAGAUGUGGCAGCAUGACAGUGGACAUAAUGAUGAGGGGAGACUGUUGGAUGACAAGGACGAAGUGGAGAUAGAUGUCAACAUGGAAGAAGAAGAGGACAGCUAUGAAUUUUGGGACACUUGGGAUGAACAACAUUCUCUGUCUGAGGGUAAACAUUCAACCAUCAAAUUCCAAACCGAUGAUCAAGAAAAGAUGACAGAAGUCAAUAGGUCUGAUGGCCUUUAUCAAGUCACCAACUGAUCAAAGCAGAAACCACUGUGCAGCAGGAUAAUAAGCAAAUCCAGGUAGACCUACAGGACAUGGGUUAUGAGACUUGUGGACGGAGUGAGAAUGAAGCGGAAAGGGAAGAUACCAGCAGUCCAGAAUUUGAUGACCUGGAAAUGUGCACAUCUUUGGACUGCCCUUCUCAAUGGUGGCCCGCAUGCAGAAACAACACGAUCUUCGAUAAAACCACAACCCACAGUUCUUGCUACAAAGACGAGGUCUCAUCUCCCCAGCGCCUGAUUGAGGAUCUUCGUGCCCAACUUUCACAUUCUCGAAGUGUUAUCCACAGUCUUCAGAGUUGCCUACAUUCUGUCUCCACCUCUGGUGAAAAUCGACCCCAAAUGCCUCAGAAGGUUAGCUGGUUUUCCGAUGCUCCUCCCUCCGUCAGCAUGGGAGACGACGAUGAAGGUUGGCAGUCAUCUGAUGGUGGUCCCAUAGUCUCAUCUCUUCACCCAAACAAGAGUCUCAAAGAACUGAUGUCAGACUUAGACACACUAGAUGACCAGAUAAAGAAAAGAGCAAAGACAUGUGCAGAUGAGGAUGGAAAUUCUUUAACCUGGCGAAGUAAAUUUCACACUUUAAUCCAGACUCAAGAAAGAGAGCUGUCUGUCCUCCGCCAGCACCUACGUGAAGGUUGUGGUGUGUGUCACAUUCUCAGUCAACACCUGGGGGACACUACCAAGGCCUUUGAAGAACUGUUGAGAGCCAACGACAUUGACUAUUACAUGGGACAGAGCUUCAGGGACCAGCUGGCCCAGAGCAGCACACUGGCACAGAAAAUCAGCAAAAAGAUCAGCACAUACGAUUGGGAGGAUCCGGAUGAGAAGCCACAUCCUCUGGCCGUAUGGCUGAGUAAUGAGCUGCAGCUGAAAGAUAAGGUCAUUGAAUCUCUUCAUGCCCAACUAAACCAGCCCAUCCAGAACCACCCACUUCAUCGCUCCAACACUCCUUGCAGCUGUCAUGCUCUCUCAGAUAGCACUGAUGAGUUGGAGCAAAUCUUUUUUGUGUCUGAUGGGGAUGGAUCCACAGAAAAUAAUCCAGAGCUGUGCUUCGAUGCAGACACUCCAAGUGAUCCAACACCUGUCAGUAAAAUAGGUGAUGCAUCUACUAGUUAGGACUCAAUUAGUGCA